CCUUUUACAAAUUAUAUAUUAUUCUAGGUUCAUCCUCACAAUGGCAGAAUACCAGGAAGUUCGGGAGGCAGCCGGAGUGAAGUUGAUUGGGACGAAAGCACGUCAGAUAGUUAUCGAUGAAAACAUGAAUAUCGUUUUCUUGGGUCUUGUCUGGACGAGCAAAAACUGGGGCAAAUGUCCCGCCCAGAUCACUGCUGUGUUUGAAGAGGAUUAUCUGGAUGCGUAUGUAAGGCCUACUUGUACCAAAUACGUGGAUGGACAGUAUCUUAAAUGGACCGCUGAUCUUGAAUGGGAUGGAUCAACCAUGAAGAAAAAAGGCGAAGCGAUUCUUAAAGAUGACGUUCUUGAACUUGAGGCAGCACUGACUCUCCUGGUGGAAUGGCUCAAAGAAAAGGAACCAGUCGUCUGCGUGGUGGAAGACUUCAUGCUGAACGACUCGUGCAACCUUGUCAAGUUGCUAAAACAAGUUGGUCUUUACGGAACAUUCACCAGCAUUUGUCGUGGGUUCGUAAGAGGCUUCGCUAUUUUCGAGGACAAGAGGAUAAGCCCAGGAAAGGUCGGUCACAAUGCCCGGAGGUUAAGGAAUGCCAUGCAGGCUAUAGACUGCGACCUGCAGCUCCUCCAGGAAUACUCCAUGACCGUGGAGAGUGUCCAAGAGUAUCAUGCGGAUAAGGAGAGGACAUACUGGGCUCGAACCAGUUUUAAGGCUCUCUAUGACGGAAAUGUGAUCAGCAAAAGCCAUGCUUGGCGACUGGCGUAUGAGGGAUGGACGUUUGAGGAUAUGAAGAAAAUCUACAAGGACGACGGCGAGGAGGUCCUCAAGGCCAAGCUCCGUUUAGUUUCCCAUGACGAGUUUGUGAAUCUUCAAGGAAAAGUAAAGCCGGACGUGCUAAGCGAGGAAGACAUAAUCGGCAUUUGUAAUUUCUUGAAUGAAAACCUUUAAUUACUUUGUGCCGAUUUGCCUUUCUACCAGUAUCCAAAAUAUGUUGGUUGAUGUUUAGGAUAUUGCAUAGUAGUGCUUCCCCAACCUUUUUUAGUGACAUGGAGUAACAAAUCCUUUUUUUAAUGCUAGUUAUAUGUUCGAG